CGACAAAACCAAAAAUAAAAAGCCUCUCUCUCCCUCUCCUCCUUCUCCCUCAGAACAACCUUAACUUUCCUCUACUUCACAGCAGCAGUCUCUCUCUUUCCUUGAUCAGUUCCUGUUUUUUGAUCAUGUAAAAAUCACUUCACAAAAAUUUGAAAAUCCUUAUUUCAUUUUUUCCCUUAAAAUCCAAAACACUUGAAAAGAUUCAUACUUUUCAAUGGCCUUCUUUAAGUUCUCUUCAACAUCCUUUUUUCUUUUGAUUCACAUUGCUCUGUUUUCAAGUUUCUCUCUUGCUGCAGACCCAACUGUCUAUUAUGACUUUAAGCUAUCUUACAUCACUGUCUCUCCUCUUGGUGUUCCUCAAAAGGUUAUAGCUAUCAAUGGACAGUUUCCUGGUCCUCUUGUUAAUGCUACCACUAACAAUAAUGUUGUUAUAAAAGUAUACAAUGAUUUGGAUGAAGACCUUCUAAUGACAUGGCCUGGGAUCCAAAUGCGACGUAAUUCAUGGCAGGAUGGUGUUCUGGGCACAAAUUGUCCAAUUCCUCCGACUUGGGACUUUAAUUACACUUUUCAAGUAAAAGAUCAGAUUGGGAGCUUUUUCUACUUUCCGUCUCUUAAUCUUCAAAGAGCCUCGGGUGGCUUUGGUCCCUUUGUUAUUAACAACAGGGCAGUUAUCCAAAUUCCUUUCGCUCAGCCGGAUGGGGAUUUUACCCUUCUGAUUGGGGACUGGUAUACAAGGAACCAUACGGCAUUGAGAGCUGAUCUUGACUCUGGAAAAGACCUUGGAAUGCCCGAUGGAGUUUUAAUUAACGGGAAAGGACCAUACAGAUACAACACAACUCUUGUACCUGACGGGUUGCCAUAUGAAACCAUUAAAGUUGACCCAGGCAAGACUUAUCGAUUUCGUGUCCACAAUGUUGGGACUUCAACUAGUUUGAACUUCAGAAUCCAGGGACACAAUCUGCUUCUUGUGGAAACAGAGGGUUAUUACACUGUGCAACAAAAUUAUACUAGUUUUGAUAUUCAUGUGGGGCAGUCUUCUUCCUUUUUGGUCACCAUGGAUCAGAAUGCUACUAGUGAUUACUACAUCGUAGCAAGUGCUCGGUUUGUGAAUGAAUCAAUUUGGCGAAAAGUCUCUGGUGUUGGCAUUUUACACUAUUCCAAUUCAAAAGGACCUGCUACUGGUCCUCUGCCUGAAGCACCAAGUGAUAUUUAUAACCAGUGGUCAGCCAUGAACCAGCCAAAAGCCAUCAGGCAAAAUACAUCUGCAAGUGGAGCUCGCCCAAAUCCACAGGGGUCUUAUCACUAUGGUUCUAUCAAUGUGACUGACACAUAUAUUUUAAGGAGCUUGCCACCAACUACCAUCGACGGGAAGCUGCGUGCAACUCUGAAUGGGAUAUCAUUUGUCAAUCCGGGUACACCAAUCAGGCUUGCUGACCUUAACAAAGUGAAGGGAUCUUACAAACUUGAUUUUCCUAGUGCACCACUUAAUAGAACUUUCCACAGGGACACUUCUGUAAUUAAUGCUACAUACAAGGGGUUUACAGAAAUCAUAUUGCAGAACAAUGAUACUAGAAUGCAGAGCUUUCACAUGAAUGGUUACUCCUUUUUCGUUGUUGGGAUGGACUGGGGCAUUUGGUCAGAGAACAGCAGAGGUUCAUACAAUAAGUGGGAUGCUAUUUCUCGCAGCACAGUAGAGGUUUAUCCUGGGGGAUGGACAGCAGUUCUCGCCUCCCUUGACAAUGCUGGAGUAUGGAAUCUGAGAGUAGAAAAUCUUGAUAGAUGGUAUCUCGGCCAAGAAACAUAUAUGAGAAUAAUCAAUCCUGAAGAAAAUGGCGAAACAGAGAUGCCCCCCCCUAAUAAUGUUUUAUAUUGUGGUGCCCUUGCUUCCAAACAGCAGGAUUUAAGCCACAAAUCAGGAGCAUCGAUUCUCCAUGGCAAUCCUAAUCUGUUUUUCACUCUGCUGAUGGCACUCUGCGCGGUUUUCAUUUUCAGCUAAAGGUUUCUUCUAAUUGCUUUGGAAGUUGAUUAUAGUUUUGUUGUCAGUGGUGGGCUUGUAGGAGUUGUGCCCUUUACAAACUUCAUCCAGCUGUGUACAUUAGAGUCGGAACUUCAAUGUUGUUCAUUGAAAAUUUCUUGGUGUCAUUGAUAAUUUUUUUUUAAUUCCUUGGGGAUCUUUACCCUUUUCUUUGUAUUUUAGUUCACUGGGAGUCGAUUGUUCUCUAUCCAUUUAAAAGCAAACACACUGAUGAUGAUCAACCCAUUCUCUCAAAAACCACCUCUCUUUCAACACACGAUUUGGAUAUAUCUUUUUAGACAA